AUGGGCAAGAAACUGUGCCGUGUUGCACCUCUGUCGAUCUCCUCACUGACGUUCUCCGCCUCUUGUGUCAAGAUCAAUGGCAAUUCUCGAGGUAUACACACCUCCUCUACCAUGGCGAAUGUCUUCGAUUUUCCGAACGGCAAUAGCCUACCUGUGGUUACCCUUUGCAAUCGAGCCACGGAAACUUGUCGAGUACAGAUUUGCCACUACGCCUUUCGUGCUCACAGAUAUCUCAACAUCGCACCACCUGUAAAACGCAGGGAAAAGCAAUCAUGCCCCUUAACACUUUUAUCGAAAUACAAAGCAAAGGAUGAUUUACCAAUACAACCAGUCCGCACCAUCAUCCCUGGUGGCACCAGGAUCCCUGGCGGCACCAUAAUCCCCGAGGAUGCGGUCCUCCCCGGCGGCACCAUCUUUCCCGGCGGCACCAAGUUCCCCGGCGGCACUCUCCUCCCGGUGGGCACCGUCCUGCCCGUCGGCACCGGCUUCCGGGCAGGAGUCUACCUGCCCGGCAAGCAGGUGGCCGAGAAGGAGAUGGAGAAGGACGAGGACGAGGAGGACGAGGACGAGGACGAGAAGAAGGUGAAGAAGGAGAAGGACAUCAAGCCCGAGCCCGAGUAA